UCGUAUUGAGUAAGCAUGUGAGAGUUGUAAGGAGACUUCAUUCAUGGCCUAGCUGUGAGAACUAGUAUGUAAACAGAGCGCGUGGUCUGUACCCCGCACGACUAGCGACCGUGACGGCUGUAGCCUGGGAGACUGAUGUUCCUCACUCCUAGGUGGUUGGACUGCCUUUGUCUUCCGUCUUGAUACCGUUGUUUAGCGAUGUCGGGAUUACUGCUCCACUGACAGGUUCUCUGUAGAUGACAUACAUGUGGGAGAGGAUUUACACCAAUAGUUAGUUUAUACAGAUCAUCGAUAUGGAAUAUUUUACAACGUAAACCGCUGUGUAGUGGAUGUCAUCGGUAUGUGUGAAACGUCAGUAUUUAUUUGGGAGAUAAUUCGUUAAACCCUAAAUCAGUGGAAGGCCAUGCUAUAAAGGGUAGGGACCCCCCUACAAUGUGAUCGGAGACAGCCGAGGAUUAUAUAGGUAACGUGUGUAUACACAGAUUAGGAAUCAAUCUUCUCGACAUCGACAAAUCACGAUUUCUGGUAUAACAUUUUCAUGUUUGAGUGAAAACUUCCUAUAGAUGUAAUUGUCGUUACGGACGAACCUUCUUUAUUGUUACGUCCGUAACGAGGAUGGCUGGUCUGUCCGGUGUGGGCGUUUUCUGGGCCUUCUCCUCCCUAUUAGCUGCCCUGGCGGGGAGUGUGGGGUUUUACAUGCCCUUCUGGUUACGGGGGUAUAUGGGGGAGACACCAGUGUACUUCGGAGUUUUCCGGAGAUGUAACUACCCCCGGAUGAACGAGUUCGGAUCCCUGGUAAUGGUAGAACAGUGCGGACGUUACUCCACGUUCGAAGACAUUCCCAGUCUGUCCUGGCAAAUCGGGACCCUGACAAUCGGAGUUGGAUGUGGACUGGCCAUGCUGGUGUCUCUCACCGCUAUACUUGCCGUGUGUAUCCAGGGAAUUGUGUCACCGACCAUAGCCCGGGUGGCCGGGAUACUACAGCUGUGUGCGGGAAUACUCAUUGGAGCUGGGGUGGGGAUUUAUCCUAACGGCUGGGACAGCUCAGAGGUACAACAGGCAUGUGGCUACACGUCACAGCCGUAUUACAUGGGGGACUGUACUCUAUUCUGGUCUUUCUACCUAACAGCGGCCGGAGCAGCCGUGACUUUGAUUGGCUCAGCAAUGUCCUGUCACGCCAGUAAACGCAAGUUUGGCCACGCAUCUUAUGCCGAUAUGUGAUAACACCGGUCUGAGACUGUUACUAAGGAGCCCUUGACCAAUGAUGACCGACCAACCCUCUAGUAAACCAAAGUAGUGGAGGAAAGCCAUUGUAUUCCCAUCGUGUCUUGUUUGUUUCCCUAGCAACGUCACACGUAGCGACAUCCUUGUACCCUUUGGGACCAAACAUAGCUGAAAUCAUUAACAAUGGUUUUCGGACAAUAUUGCGAUAUUCAGUCGGCAUAUCUUGUAUAUGUUUGUACUAGAUUAUAAACAUGUCUCUGCUACAUUGAGGACAUAUGUUACUAUUUGACAAAAUUAUCCGACAAAACGACGAAGUUUCACAGUUGAAGAAGUGACGGUGGCUCAUCAAUGAGCCUCACAGUGACUACGGACUCUGUAACCAGAGUAACGUGGUUGUCGCCAGUGUCAGUUAGGGAUUAAUGACAUCCAGAGAAAUGAGAGUCAUUUUCGCCCUCCAAUUAAAGGAACGGUUCACUGCUGUCCGGCAGAAUUAUGAUAGCAUUGGUGUACAUGGACCAUGCUGCCGUUGAUAUAAUUACGUGGUGCUAGACUUGUGUUACUGGGGUAGGACAGAAAGCAUUAUGUCGAGCUAACAGAUAGUCUUCCUGUCGGAAUCGGAGGUGUAAUCCGUCAUGGACACACAUUAGUACGGUACCAAACUAUGGCAAAGUAACCGAGACCAAGACAUCUCUGUACAAAGGAAUCUGUUGGGAAAAUUAAGAUCUGACUUUUAAUUACAAGUUUGGAUUGUAAAGUAUCGGCGUCCGUAUUCGCUUUGUUUGUACGCUCCCAACAUCAAUUACAGCCUCUGUGAUGUACGGCCAUUGUCGUGCCGGCAAAGAUUUAGGAUUGAACUGUAGGACACGUGAGUCAAAUGAUUAGUGUGUUGUACAUAUUAAAGGGCCGGUAAGGGUCGGGUUCACCCAUCCUAACAAAGCAGUGUAGAUACGAAGGGUAAAGAAAGGUCGGGAUGCUCAGGUCAAAUACAGUUACAACUAAUAAUAAAGGUCAAGGGUGACAGUACAAAUAAGGUCAUCCGCCAUAAACUAGUAAAGGUCAACCGUCGUACACAGGAAAGGGUCAGGAGUCAAGGACAAUUUUUGGGGACUUAGAAUUAAACGUCGUGUAGUGUAAUAUAAGGCCAUGAACACGAGCCUAAUAUUUAUCUAUGAUCUAUACAUAGGGAAACGAGUUAACAGAAAAAAAACCCGGUUACUUUGAUCUCGAGACUUCCCCUGUGAGAUGUCCUUGAAGAUUACGGUAUUAAUGUCCCUACGCGAUACGAUCUGUAUCUCGAUUCUUGAUGUAUGGAUGUUUCCAGAUUUUAUAUUGCUUUGGAGGAAAAAAAGGAAUAGAUAUGUGGAGAUAGGAGACGUUGCUGGCUUCUUUGGGAAAGGAAAGACUUUCGACUUUAUUGCAAAAAUUCAUGUGGAAGAUGAUUGAACAAAGGCAUGAUGUGUAGAUAUUGGUGUACCCCCAUUAAAUCGGGCGUUUUACUGAUGCCUGCCUGCUAUUUUGAAAAUUACCCUUUGCGUGAUCGGACUAUUUCUUUAAUCUAAUUGGAACAAAAUGGGUUCUGAAUUAUUUAGAACACAAAGAAAACAUGCCAAAUUGGAUUCUUGUUAUCGGCACGGAGAGGGUGUCAAGUAAACGUCUGGAGAAAAUUAAAGUUGUUCGCAUUAAAGCCCAGUCACCUUUAGUUGGAAGCUGGUUAUACGAUUGACGAUAAAGGAGACCUGCGCAGUAGAUUGAUCCAGAGUAACUGUAAUUGGCAAUUACCCUGUACGUAAUUCACUGUAUUUACUGGCUUAACUACGAAUGGAUGCCCACUAAGUAGUGAACGUUUCACUUUUUAUCCUCGUGAAUGUUAUUUAAAUAUUUUGUUACGACAUUUUGACAACAACUUAAUUGGUUUUAAAUGUGACAUGUUUCUAUUUUAAUUCCGUGUGACAGGCACAGUUCCAGUGAUGUAUGGUCGACACGGAGACGCAUGCAAUCGUGUCCGAUCCC